AUGCCGCGACACGUCAGCAACAGCGAUAGCGAGGAACCACUGGAGGACCGUACGGCAGCGCUGUCCCUCAAGUCGAAGCGCACAGAGCGCAUGCAGCGGCGCAAAGUAGUCCGCGAAAAAAAGAAAGACGCCAUCGUCAACCUUACCAAGCUGCCCACUGAGCUCCUCCUGGAGUGCCUCACGUACAUGUCGCCGCGCGAAGUCUUCAACUUCAGUUUCGCGAACCGCCGCUUCCACGCCCUAGUCACUGCCAAUUCCCGAGUGAUUGGCGACGUCAUAAUCGAGCGCCGUUACACCCUUCUCGCGCAAUGCUUUCCUACGCCGAAGCUCCUCCGCGAUGUCGAGCCCUCCAUACAAGAUCUCCUCACCGAUUCCAGCCGCCAGACGCAGCUCAGCAUCCACAGGCGCCCCUACCAGCACAUUCAGUCACCUGAUGCCCAACAACUGUGCACUUGCCUUACCUGUAUCCUCACGUGGAACAACUUAGGGCUGGUGCUCGACUUCGCACAUUGGCAAUCGAAUCUCGACAAUGGCGUGCCUAUACCUACUAUGCCGCGAGGACAAACGACUGAGUGGAACAGCGAGCUCGUGGCGCGUAAUGCGCGGAUUGCACGGAGGGCUGUGGAAGACUCGCUGUGGCAUGCCCGCAUAUUGGAGAUGCAUCUCGACAGUACGGUCCGCUCUAUCAAACGGCACUCAAAGAACAAGGGCAACAAACGCACUCACGUCGACAUGACGGAAGAAGAUGCAGCCGCAGGUACAGAUGCAUUUCUGUCGAAACAUGGUCCACCUAGCCUCGAAUUCCCCUACCAGCGCGACGAAUACUACAUGCUGGAGGCUUAUCUGCCCAAUCGCUGGUGGAAGAAGAUCGAUAUGCGUUGGGCCUAUAUAAUUGCAGGCCAGCAUGAGCGAGAUCUUGAGCUGGUCCAGCGCUUGGCUACAAGAGACACGCUUGCUCUGCUAACCCACACUAUGGCAUGCAUCGACCUCGACGACUGGAUGACUGAUGUCCUCGACUUCAAGACUUACAUGAUAGGCAGUCUCUUCGAGCGAUCAACUUCGUCAACUGCACCGCUCAAGCAUUAUGCAGCCAUUGUUUGA